AUGUUGCGCCCGACCGUUUCCCUGGCCCGUACCGGCCUGCGCGCCCACUCCGCCGUCAUCCGCCGCGCCGCUUCCACCCACGCCAUCUCCAACCCUACGCUCGCCAACAUCGAGAAGAGAUGGGAGGGCAUGCCCCUCCAGGAGCAGGCCGAGCUCUGGAUGGCCCUGAGAGACCGCAUGAAGGGCCCCUGGGCUGAGCUCACCCUUCAGGAGAAGAAGGCCGCCUACUGGAUUGCCUUUGGCCCUCACGGUCCCCGCUCCGGUACCCCCGCCGGCGAGACCGGCCGCGUCUUCUGGGGCGUCAUGGCCGCCGUCGCCGCCAGCUUGGCCAUCUUCUCCACCGUCCGCAUGUUCGCCGGCCCUGCUCCCGACACCAUGACCAAGGAGUACCAGGAGGCGUCCAACGAGUUCCUCAAGAAACAAAAUUCCGACCCCCUCACUGGUCUCUCCUCCGAGGGCUACUCCGGCAAGGGCAUGGUCCAGUCUCCUCCCAAGGCUUAA